AUGGUUGCUGGAAGGAAUGAUGAUGCGCUUGCGGCGGCGUUGACCCUAUUGGCUGGUUCCAUUUUGAAAAUGAAUAUCGGUGAUCGGGAGCGUGAUACUGAUGAGUUCCGUGCUUUGGGGAAGUGCGCAGAAGGUGCAAGAUUUGAUGAGAAUGGCAUUGAAGUGACUUGGGCACUUUUCUGUGAUGCUUUUCUGGAGAAGUAUUUUCUAAAAGAUGUUCGUGGAAAGAAGGAAAUUGAAUUCCUUGAGUUGAAGCAAGGUAAUGGUACCAUAGAUGAGUAUGCUACAAAGUUUGAGGAGUUGAUCAAAUUUUAUCCCCAUUACAAUAUUGUUAAUGCUGAGAGAUCCAAGUGUCUUAAGUUUAUGAAUGGCUUGAGACCUGAUAUCAAGAAGGAAAUGGGUUACCAACAGAUUACGAGAUUUUCUGAGUUGGUUAACAAGAGUAGGAUCUAUGAUGAGGAUAGUCGUGAGAGUGCUGCUAAUUACAAGUCCUUGCAUGAUAAGAAAGGAAAAGGGCAAUUCCGAGAGAAGUUGUAUGAUGGUAAGAAGAAAGUUGGUGAUGGCAAGAAGCCGAGUGGGAGGAUCUCACACUCCUGUCAAGUGCUUCAGAUAGUUGGUUCGAAUUUGACUUGCUAUAACUGUGGUGAGCAAGGGCACAUUAGUACCAAGUGCAACAAGCCAAAGGAGGAGCAAGCCAAAGGGAAAGUGUUUGCAUUGUCCGGUGUUGAUACUUCUGCUGAGGAGAGAUUGAUUCGAGGUUUUGAAGUUGAUUUAGUGUGUCUUCCAUUGAGUCAACUUGGUGUUAUUUUGGGAAUGGACUGGUUGAGGGUCAACCAUGUCUAUAUCAAUUGUUUUGUGAAAGUUGUUCUUUUUCUUGAGCCAGAGAAGGAAGGUGAUUUAUUCUUGUCUACUCAACAAGUGAAUGAAUCUGUGCGAGAUAGCGCUGAAGUGUUUAUGUUGGUGGCAAGUUUAAAUCUUAGUGAAUUUCCAGUUGUUCGUGGUUUUCCUAAAGUGUUUCCUGAUGAGGAAGUGAGUUUCCUUGGCCAUGUGCUCUCUAGUGGUGGUAUUUUGGUUGAUCCUUCUAAGGUUGAGGCUAUAUCUCAAUGGGAAGCACUGAAAUCUGUGUCUGAGAUUCGUAGUUUUCUUGGUUUGUUGACUAUGAAGGGUCAAGCUUUCAUUUGGACUGCACAGUGUGAAGCUAGUUUUCAAGAGCUGAAGAGGAGAUUGACUACUGCUCAUAUUUUGAUUUUAUCGAAUCCAUCAGAACCAUUUGUUGUGUUGACGGAAUUUGCUCACUUUAUUCCGAUUAGAAUGGAUUAUCCGAUGGAGAGGCUUGCAAAGCUGUCUAUUGAGAAAAUUAUUUCCGAGAAAGUAGGUGAUGUGGCUUAUCAGAUUACCUUGCCACCGUCACUUGUUAAUCUCCAUGAUGUGUUUCACGUGUCUCAAUUGAGGAGAUACAUUACGGAUCCUUCGCAUGUUGUCCAAUUAAAUGAUGUUGAGGUUAGAGAUAAUUUGACCGUGGAGACAUUACCUAUGCGGAUAGAAGAUAGAGAGGUGAAACAACGCCGUGGUAAAGAGAUCGCUUUGGUGAAAGUCGUUUGGGGAGGACCGACUGGUGGAAAUGUGACGUGA